UGUCAGCAAGGCCCUCUUCCCAUCCGCACUCUCCCCAAAUUAUCAGACUUGAAAUGUGGAUCAGAAAUCUACAAUCCCCACGAACAAAUGUGUUGCUCAGGGAAUCUGUAUAAAGCAUCAGCACUUAUGAAGUGCUGUGGUGAAGAUGUUUACACUCUGUCAGAUGACAGUGUGCUGUGCUGUAAUGGAGUUCUUCAUCGCAAUGUGCCUGAGCAGUCAGAGUGUGUUGGAGGUGUUAUAUAUACUCCAGCAAACACUACUUGCCAAAUGUCGACCCGUCCACGUCUUGGCGAGCACUGCUGUGGAGGACAAACCUUCAAUCCUCGCACACACAUUUGCUGUAAUGGACGGAGCCACAACAAGAUGAAUGGCAAUUUCUGUUGUGGUUCAGAAGUCUAUGACCACCACAACCAGUUCCUGAGAUGCUGCUCAGGUCACCUCUACAACCUAACCCAGUCACGCGGAAAAGCAGAGUGCUGUGGAAACCUAUUGCUGCAAUAUAAUAACAAUCAAACUUGCUGUUCCUCCUCAACCAAUUCCAUAAUUUAUCAGACCAAACCAAAGCACCGUUGCUGUGGGCUUUACUACUACAACACAUCCCUGUGGAGCUGCUGUGCUGGACGUCUCAAACCAACACCAAAGCCUAACAGCUCUCCAGCAGAAUACAGAAUUAAACCACUAAUGGACCUGAUCCCUGAAAUGUGCAAUAAGACAGUGUUAUUUGGCAAAGUGGAGAGUGUGGCACUUGAAAAUGAUCUGCGUAAUGUGGUGUUAAAAGUUGUGUGGCAAGUCGAUAUGAAAUCUGAAAAUGUAAUCAAAGACCCUUGGCUUCAUGUGUCCCUGGAUCAUUGCAACUCUCCUACCACAGACAACGGCAUGACCUACCUUUGGGAGGAAAACCACGAUGGGAAGCACAAGCUUCUCUCUCAACCUGUUGACCUAACAUCUGACAUUCCCAUGUUAUAUUCUGUAUGUUACCAAAAGAAGGGAUAGAAAUAUGGAUUGAGGUCUAUUUCCCAUCAUUUCAAAGCAUGCAGGUUGUCAUAAGAUUUCUGAUCAUUUCAAUCCAUCAUUAAUGAUAAAUGACAAAAGAGACAAGUCUCUGUUACUAUGCAUAGCAUUACUGCAUCACAUGUUGUGCAUCUAUCUGUGCCUUUUACCUCAUUGGAAAUUGUUAUUUAAUCUCAAUAAUGGAUUGAUCCAGUUUGGAGUGAUGCAUUACUGUAUUUAUUCAGUGAGGUAACUUUAAGCUUUGUUAAUGUGAAAAAAGGAAGUAGAAUCAAAAAAGAAAAUUCUUCUAUUUUAAUUUUGAGUUGUUUCUUAUCUAAAUUGCUAGCAAUAUUUUAAGUUGCACUGCAUGAAUGUUUUUGUAAUCGUACUUUGUUUUAUCAAUCUCAGGUCUAUUCAUAUUCUGUUCAGUUUUUAACUAUUUGAUGGGUUCAGGGACCUUCAUGUACUAAGCUCAAAGGUGCUUCAAAAGCAAUUAAUGGCUUUUAUCCUAAUCCUUGAGAAGACAGAGGUUAUUUCAUUUAUAUAGUCAGUCAGAAAUCACUGUGGUAAAAUGAAAUUUUAUCUGUUUCUCUAAUACUAAUAUUGGGGGUUUUAAACUUCUCCAAAUUUCAUACUGUUCAAUUUCCGUCUCAGCUGUUAACAACUGUGAAUACAACUUUCAUGUUAAACGUUGUGUGAAGAUAAUUUACUCAUUCAAGCUGUGUAAUGGUAUUGCAGAUAUGGAUUUUGU